CUCUCUCUCUCUCUCUCUGUUGCAGCAGCACACUCACCGGGGUUGGCAGCACAAAGCAGAGUCGCUCUUUUACCACCUUACGCGCGCGCGUGCACACACACACACACACACACACACACACACACACACACACACACACACACACACACACACACACACACACACACUCCCGAGACACACACACGUUCAGAAACUCGGCACACACCUCCUAAGCGACACCCCGGGAGCUGAAGCAGAACUGACGAGAGGAAGGAUGCAAGGAGGAAAAAGAGAGAGAGAGAGAGACCGGUAAAAAGAAGAUAAGAGAAGACUAAGUAAAAGAAUAAGAAGAGAAAGUAAAGAUACAUUUUGGAAAAACAUCAAUCAGGUUGUCCAAUUGAAGAGCUUCCUCCUGAGGCCUCCUGCUGACUGAUAACAAGCACAACUCUGUAUAAGUGUGGGGGCUUAAUGAGUUUGUGCACAUAACCUCUUACGCCACCUCUGUGUGUGUUUGUGUGGCACCAUGCUGUGGACAGUGAUACUAGCGCUACUGCUGCUUCUGCUGCUGCAGACUCAGCUGUCUGUGUGCUUAAGGGAAUUACGCAGCGGGGGCUCCAACUCCCCUGCCUACUCAUCUUCAUCACCAUCUUCCUCCUCCUCUUACAAUGCUACCCAGCAGCGGCUGCCCGGAGCGAUUAUUAUUGGCGUGCGAAAAAGCGGCACAAGAGCCCUGCUGGAGAUGCUCAACCUGCACCCAAAUGUGGAAGUGGCAAAGGCCGAGGUGCACUACUUCAACGUGGAGGAGCACUACCGCCGAGGCCUGGCCUGGUACCGAGCCCAGAUGCCCUUUACCGUCCCAGGUCAGCUGACAGUGGAGAAGACCCCUGGCUACUUUGCAGCCCCUCAGGUUCCUCUACGUGUCUGGAACAUGAACCCCGCCGUCCGCUUGUUGCUCAUUGUCCGGAACCCGGCCGAAAGGCUGGUCUCUGACUACACCCAAGUCCUCCACAACCGCCUGACCCGCCACAAGUCCUACCAGCCACUAGAUGAGCUCCUGAUUCACAAGGGCCACAUUGACCCUGGGUACAAGGCGCUGCAGAGGAGCCUGUACCACCAGCAUCUGGCCCGCUGGCUGGAGGUCUUCCCCAGGGAGCAGAUCCACGUGGUGGACGGUGACGCGCUCAUUCGGGAUCCCUUCCCUGAGCUGAGGAAGGCUGAGAGGUUUCUGUACCUGCCGCCCAGGAUAAGUCCCAGCAACUUCUACUACAACACCACCAAGGGCUUCUACUGCCUCCUGUCUGCCGGUCACGACAAGUGCCUGGACGAGUCUAAAGGCAGGCCACAUGCGCCACUGAGCACCCAGGCUUUUAACAAGCUUUGUCGCUACUUAAGGAAGCCUAACAACUUGUUCUUUGAAAUGGUGGGGAGGUCGUUUUCCUGGUGCUGAUCUAGUGGUGAAAAGCAUUCGUGAAGAAGAACACCUCCUGCACAAUUCCAACACAUUCAGGGACACAGAAGGAGCAAGAAACUGUGAUUUCUGUGUUUUUGUAUGUGGAUGAGUGGCAAGAUUUUUAGUUCAAUUAAAGUCAUAAACAUCUCUUGUUGUUGAUACCUUCUCAGGUAUAAAUGUGGCCAACAAAAGCAGCCCAUCUGUGUGUGAAAAUGUGUGGGGAAUUCAAACUGCUCGUGUUGAAAAUGUGGCCAACACAACCUUUACCAUGACCAUACUGGUGCCUCCUUGGAUGGAUAGACUCACUUGACAAAGCUACGACAACCGUGCCAUACGCAGGUUUGAAAGUGAAAACGUGAGAAAGUGCUCGUUUGUGCACAUUUGUAGGGUGUUAAAAGAAAAUGUGUAGACUUUGAAGUGAUGUAGAAAUAGACAAGUGGUGAAAAGAUGGUUGAAUGACUGAACUGUUGCACUAUGAACUCUGAUUGCAUU